GGAAGUGUUGUAGUUGACCAUCUUGUUAGAAGAGGUAUGGAUGAGGAUUAUAAGCGGCGGUCUGAUUGGUAUCAUCAUGGAGAGUCAAAUGGAUGAGAUAUAUGGGUUAUAUCAAGCUGCUGAGUUCAUGGAUGACGACUUUGUUGGAGAUGAUGAACCUGAUGAGACCGCAGAUUGUGAGAACAAGAAAGAAGAUGACUUCUUUGCAAAGCUUGCAGAUGCUGCAUCACCCUUAUAUCCAAGUUGUGUGAAUCACAGUAAACUCUCGGCAAUUGUGUCCCUAUUCAGACUUAAGACACAAAAUGGGUGGUCUGACAAGAGUUUCAAUGAUCUUUUGGAGACACUAUCGGGGAUGCUACCGGAGGACAAUGUGCUACAUACAUCACUAUAUGAUGUGAAGAAAUUUUUUAAGUCAUUUGAUAUGGGCUACCAGAAGAUUGAUGCUUGUGUUAAUGAUUGCUGCUUAUUCAGAAAGAAGUACAAGGAUCUCGAGAAUUGUCCUAAAUGCAAAGCUUCUAGAUGGAAGACGAACACGGUUAAUGGUGAAGUAAAGAAAGGUGUUCCAUAGAAAGUGUUACGCUACUUUCCAAUAAUCCCACGGCUGAAAAGAAUGUUUAGAUCUGAGGAGAUGGCUAAGGACUU